AAACAUUGCAAACUUGAAUUUGAGCUUCAAAAGAAGUCUGGUGAAGUAACAUAUAUUGUGAAGUGCAAAUUGAUUUUAACAAUGAAGCCAACCCAAGUUGCUGAUGAAAUGUUUCCAGAAGGAGCUGGUCCAUAUAUGGAUCUAGAAGAGGCCGGUGGACUCAGUGGAUUACUGAUGGAUUUAGCUGCUAAUGAAAAAGCAGUACAUGCAGAUUUUUUCAAUGAUUUUGAUGACUUGUAUAAUGAUAAUGAUCUCGAUUGAAUUUAAUACCAUACUGUGAUUUUAUUAUUAAUAUAAAUUAAUUUGUUGGGCCAUAAAAUAAUGAUGGAAUAAAAGUAAAUUAACAUA